CAGUGUUUUGCAUUGCCGUCUAGAACAUCAUGAACUCUUUACAACAAAAGUUUCUGUACUACAGUAAACGAAAAUCGUUUCGAUACGGUGUUCCGUUUUUGCUACUGAUUGUUGGUGGUUCCUUCGGUUUGCAACAAUUUGCUCAGCUUAGGUACACCUUCUCCAAGAAAGGAUCACUAACAAGACAGGAAGCCGAAAAGUAUGGUAUUAAUAUGAAGAAGAAAGAGGAAGUCACCCUCGAAGGGGAGUACGAAAAGAUUAAGGUACUCGAUAUUGAACAUUGGGACAACAUACGGGGGCCCCGACCAUGGGAAGAAACUACCCCAACUAGUGGGAAGCAGUGAAUCGAAUGAGCGAG